CAGAUGGUGACAGUUGACACAAAAUAACUGUCAUUUUCAAACUUUAAAAAACGGUUAUUCUACAUCUGCCACCUAGACCUACAUUCGCUAAAUGCAAAAUGAUUUCAAGCACAGGUUUUCGAAUUGCAUUUGAGCAAGAAAAUAAAGUGACAGCGAGCAGAAAAGCAAAUUUACAAAAAUCGACCCGAAAACCACUAUGUGAUAGAGCUAUCAAUCACACUCCGCAACCUAACGGAAAGGUAACGUCUCUUAAAGCUUCGACAAAUGUACAACAAAAAGAAGUCAUCGUGCAAAAACCGAAAGAGCCCAAAACCUACCCAGAAUGGUUCUCCGAUGUAUGUUCUUUUAAAGGACUAGAAACAGGAUAUGACGACAUCGACAUUCAAUUGGAGCCACAAACAAUCGAUGUACCACAUUUAUUAAACUUUAUGCUCAAUCCGAAAACACCACCAAUUAAGGCUAAGGAGUUUAUUCCGCAGCUGCAUUCGCCUGUAACAAUUGAUGUUAAUUAUGACGACGAUAACUUUCCAGAAAUUCCAAUUGAGGACAUUGAGAUUCCAGAAUGUUCUUUUUGACUUUAGUGUUUUUUGUAAAUUAUUCAUUUCUGUUAUGUAAGCGUGUUAUUAAUAAAUAUAGUAGCGAGACAUUAA